UGGUGGUCAUCAUUAAUUCAAGCUUUGACAGGAAUGCAAACACCACUAUCCAAAAUGACUCGAAAUUUGCUUACAAUGUGGAUGUGUUCAUCCGUUUUGCCUUAAUUAUCAUUCUUUUUAUCACCAUGGUGUCUCUUGGUUGCACAAUGGAGAUCUCAAAGAUCAAGAACUAUCUCAUCAGACCCAAAGGGGUGGCGAUUGCAGUUGUGGCUCAGUUCGGCAUAAUGCCCCUCACAGCCUUCAGUCUGGCAAAGUUGUUGCAGUUAGGUCCUAUGGAAAGUGUCACUGUGUUCAUUUGUGGGUGCUGUCCGGGAGGAAAUCUCUCAAACAUAUUUUCUCUGGCUCUCCAGGGAGACAUGGACCUCAGUAUUGUGAUAACUACUUGUUCCACGGUACUGGCAUUGGGUAUGAUGCCUCUGUUGAUCUAUCUGUACUGCCAUGGUUUCUCAAACCUUGAGAGUGCUGUUCCUUUCACUGGCAUCACUGUAGCCCUCAUCUUGAUCCUGGUGCCCUGCGGUAUUGGCAUCCUGAUUAACUACCGUGUGCCACAGUAUUCCAAGAUCAUAACCAAGGUUGGGUUGACUAUCAUGCUGAUCUGUUUUGUUGUCAUCUGCAUUCUGGUUGGUGUAACUGAUGGAGUCACAAUUUUUAAAGUGACAUCUUCUCGACUUGUAGCCAUAGCUGCACUGAUGCCACUGAAUGGAUACAUAUGUGGAUAUAUCCUGUCGACUUUCUUCAGGCUAAACAUGUCACGGACUAUUGCUGUGGAAGUAGGAUGUCAGAACAUCCAGCUGUGUGUCACAAUCCUUAAGGUGGCCUUUCCAGCUGAGCUCAUUGGUCGGCUAUAUCUCUUUCCUGUCAUCUACAUAGUGUUUCAAAUAGUCGAGGCCAUUUUCUUCAUAAUUCUGUUCAGAUGUCUACAGAGACUAAGAUCAUCCCCAAAAGAAACGAAUGUCUACAGAGCAGAGGAAAGAGUGGCUGAAGAAACUAAUGGGUCCUCUAACAGUGAUAUUUAAGGGAACAACACCAACACUGAAACUGAGAAAAAUGGCUUCCAAGUUUUUGAUUGUCCAGGGAAAUGUAAGUAAUAAAUCUGAGCAUCUGAGUCUCAUCUGAGCAUAGCUGAGCCAAACUUGUUUUUCACAGGAUAGAUCAUAAUCUAAUAGACCCAAUUUUCAUUAUAAUAACAUUUUUGACAAAAUGUGUAGUUACUGUUUUGUAUUUUGCAGUGCAGCAUGAGCUCUUGAAGUUGAAAGGGCUUGAGGAUUUUUUAGACAAAAUCUGACCAAGAGCAGAACCGUUGUACUCCAGUCUUGACGUUGUAGCAGAAUGAAUAAAUGCAUGUAACUAAAACAGUGUUUAUUGAUCUAGUAUAUUAAUAAUUCUGAAUGCUUGAAAUGCUUUUUUUAAUUAUUUAAACAGUUGC